AUGAGAGCCAUACUCCGUCAACUCAUCUCACGUCGAUGCAUUUCACUAAACACGAGACCGAAAACUGUCAUAAAAUUAGGACAACCAACUUUCGAAACCAGGCCCCACAUUAUACCCAAACCUGGUAACCUUACACCUGGUAUAUCAGCACUCGAAUACUUUCAAAGACGAUUGAAACUAGCGACAAAUCUACCUGACAAGUCGUUGGCCAUUAUAAUUGGAAAUACUACAAAAUUCAGCUCUGGAAGUGUGUUUUAUGACUUUCAACAAGACAAUGAUUUUUACUACUUGACUGGCUGGUUGGAGCCUGACUCCAUAAUGAUAUUGGAGAAAAGGGGAAGCAGAGGGGAUGACGACGUUGUACUACAUAUGUUGGUUCCACCGAAAAAUGAGCAACGUGAAUUAUGGGAAGGCGCAAAGACUGGGUUGGAUGGUGCUUACGAGUUUUUCAAUGCUGAUUGUGUUGAGGAUGUUGGCAAAGCGUCCACGUAUAUCAAGUCACUUAUAAGCUCAGCAAACACAAUCUUUUACGACAACAAGUAUAACGACAGACUGAGGUCCAAAUCCGCAUUUAGCCUGUUUUUCAAUUUCGGCAGUGGUGACAAGUUGGAAGGUUUGAAUGACAUUGUGUUGAAUUCAGGGAAACACAUAAGCCCAUUGAGUGCAAAAGUGGCAGCCUUGAGGAAAAUAAAAUCGCCAGCUGAAAUUGAGGUUAUGCAUGCCGCUGGACAAAUUUCAAGUCGUGCUAUAAAUAAAGCUAUUGGGCAAGUGGGUUCAGAAAAUCCGAUUGCUGCGGAGAAGACCUUGGCCAAGUACUUGGAGUAUCAAUUUGUCAGAGGCGGUUGUGAUAAGCAAGCAUACAUCCCCGUAGUGGCAAGCGGGUCCAAUGCUUUAACGAUUCAUUACACUAGAAACGAUGAUUUACUAUACCGGGACGAAUUGGUGUUUGUUGAUGCAGGAGGCAAACUCGGCGGGUACUGCGCUGACAUUUCACGAUCAUGGCCAAACUCAACCAAUGGAUUCAGUGAGCCUCAAAAGGACCUUUACGAAGCUGUGUUGAAUACGAAUAAGAAAUGCAUUGAGUUGUGUAAUGAAAGCUUGAAUUAUUCAUUGCAUGAUAUUCAUGAGUACUCCGUCACGUCAUUAAGAAAAGAGUUGCAGAACAUUACUGGAUUUCCACACUUGAGCAAUUUUGAUGUAUCAAGAUAUCUUUAUCCCCACUAUAUUGGCCAUCAUUUGGGCUUGGACUUGCACGAUGUCCCUUCAGUAUCUCGGUCUGAGAAUUUAGUAGCUGGAAAUGUCAUUACCAUAGAACCAGGCUUGUACAUACCAGAAGAUGACAGAUGGCCAAAACAUUUUCAAGGAAUUGGAGUCAGAGUGGAAGAUGACGUGGUUGUGGGUAAGUCAAACGACGAGAUCAUCAAUCUUACUAGCGGAUGUGUCAAGGAAGUUGUUGACAUUGAGUCUUUGAUCAACGGGGGUGUAACUACUCCAGGCAUAGAUGAUGAGUUGGUAAUAUUGGAUAUUUAA